CUCUUCCACCACCACCACCAUAAUCAUCAUGUUUUUCCGCCCUAACGUUCUCUUGUCUGCUGCUUCUAGAGUUGCUACUGCCACUACCACUCAGCAACAUGCCUUACGUACUGUUCUGAGAGCAACUCCCGUCCUCACCACUCGCUUCUACUCUGUAUCACGAGACAAUGUUGAAUCGCGUGUGUUAGACAUUGUCAAGGGAUUCCAAAAGGUGGACGACACCAAGGUUACUCUGUCUUCACACUUUAUCAAAGACCUUGGACUCGAUAGCCUGGACACUGUUGAAGUCGUUAUGGCAAUUGAAGAGGAGUUCUCUGUAGAAAUCCCCGAUAAAGACGCGGAUGCUAUCAAGACUGUGCAGGAAGCUGUGGAUUACAUUGCCAAGCGUGAUGAUGCUCAAUAGAAGAUCUAUAUAUAUAUAUAAUCAGAAGAAGAAGAAAGAAAAGAAAAAACGACACCAAAAGAUACAUUUCUGGACUCUCUUUGUAAUUCCAUAUUAAAAUAAUUACAGUCAAACCAAGCAAGUAAUGAAAAGAACUAGCAAAUAAGAUCAAACUUAGGAUAUUGUGUGUGUGUGUGCAAUUGUACUCAGAGGUAUUAAAGUUAUUAAUGAAACUUUGGAUUCG